CUGGCUGUGACUUUAAAAAAAAAAAAAAAAAAAAAAUCCGUUGAAAGCUUGUUCUCCGUCUCGCUCUGAGAUUUCAUCAUCCCCAACAACAACAAUGAAACGUAGCUUGGGUUCGAAUUCUUCAAACAAUAGUGGCAGUGGGAGUAACAAGAAGGCUAAGAAGAAGAAUCCAAGUAAUCAGAAAACCCUAGGCGCCGCAUGGGGCGCUGCUUCUUCUCGUUCUUCUUUCCGGUCUUCUCCUUUCUCCGAUUUCGGAAGUUACAUGGAAGUGAAGAAUCGGAAACUUCAGAACCAAUUUGAGACUGAGGCUUCCGCUUCUUCUCACGGUGUUUCGGGUUCUGAGAAACUUAUUUUCCAAGGAGUUUCAAUCUUUGUGGAUGGUUUCACCAUUCCUUCCCAUCAGGAGUUGAAAGGAUACAUGAUGAAGUAUGGUGGAAGAUUCGAGAACUACUUCUCUAGGCGUUCUGUAACACAUAUCAUCUGCAGCAACCUUCCAGAUAGUAAAGUCAAGAAUCUAAGGGCAUUCAGCAGAGGGUUACCUGUUGUGAAACCCACAUGGAUAGUGGACUCUAUCUCUGCCAACAGACUUCUGGGCUGGGUUCCUUACCAGCUAGAUCAACUGAAUGAUACCCAGCCAAAGUUGUCUGCCUUUUUUGCACCCAGAAGCCAUUUGACCCCUCAGAUGGCUUCGCCGGUUACAUCUUGUCAGCCUGAUACUGGAUACAGUGAAGCUGAAGAAGGAAGUUCAAUUAGAGCAGAAGAUUCAGAGGAAGCAAGAGACCACGUUAAUGAUGAGAUUGAUGACGUUUAUAUCGAGAACACUACUAGAGAACUGACAGAAGAAACCGGAACUGGUGAUCUGAAAUCUUCUGAAAUGAAUGCAGAAAAACUUGGUAAUUAUGACAUAGAAGAAAAAGAUGUUACUAGUGAAAUUCAAUCCACUACCAAUCUUCAUUGCGCUUCAGACAACAAGUCCAUUCAUGUAAAUGGGAAGAAUGAUGGCAAAUCGAUUGCAACCAUUGCUGGAUCUUCUACAAGGCGUCAUUCAACUCUCGAGGAUCCCAAUUUUGUGGAAAACUACUUUAAGAAUUCAAGGCUGCAUUUUAUUGGAACAUGGAGAAACAGGUACCGUAAAAGAUUUCAUGGCUCUUCCAAUGGACUGAAAUGGGCAGAUUCUGGUCAGACUACAGCUGAAAUGGGCAAGAAGUCAACCACUAUCCACAUUGAUUUGGAUUGCUUCUUUGUGUCAGUGGUAAUCAAGAACCGUCUUGAAUUACACGACAAGCCGGUAGCUGUAUGUCACUCAGAUAAUCCAAAAGGAACGGCUGAAAUUUCCUCUGCAAAUUAUCCAGCUCGGGCUUAUGGUCUGUCUUCUACGAAAGAGUGAAGGCAGGUAUGUUUGUAAGACAUGCAAAAGACCUUUGUCCCCAGCUUGUUAUUGUUCCUUACAAC